GCCAAGCUGGUCACCAUCCACUACCAGGCGGUGUUCGGGGUCACAAGUCAGACAAUAUGCCUGCUUAUCACUCUAUCUGGAACGAGACAGCCUCGGGCUAUCAGCAAGUCGGCAAUCUGGCCAUAUUGCCGUUUAGCACACGCAUCAGAGGUCCUGCGCCUCCUGCAGCCGACGCGGAGGUACCCGACAUCAUCGACGAGUCCAUCGACCUCUUUCGGGCCAAUUCGAUGUUCCGCAACUUUGAGAUCAAAGGCGGCGCAGACAGAGUACUCAUCUACCUCAUCCUCUUCAUUUCAGACUGCCUCACCCGGAUUGCAUCACCAUCCGCAAAGUCUUGGUCUGUCAAUGAGGCGACAAAGCAACUCACCAGUCACGCGCUAGACAACUUUGCCCUGCCGGGAGAUGCAUCCUUCCCUCUCAAUUCGGUCUACCAGCCACCGGCGAGUCGGAUAGACGCUGAUCUGCUGAGACAAUAUCUCCUGCAAGCCAGACAAGAGACUGCCAUCAGGCUAGUCCAAAAGGUAUACGCAACGGGCACGCCUAGCAAGUGGUGGAUGUCUUUUCAGAAACGCAAAUUCAUGGGCAAAUCUUUGUAA